GGGAGUGGUGAGUGUGAGUGAGAGAGAGUUGGACGCAGUUAUUUUUAUCAGAAUUGCGAGUGAAGUGAGUGAUAAGAGUUGAUGUGGGUUGCACGUGUGAAACAAACGCAAAAGACGAGGAUAAGUGAAGCUGGAUAAACAAACUGACACAUCUAUGUUAAGAAUGAGUGAAUCUUCAGCACAACCUCAGUUCCAGCUUCAGUUAUCAGUGCAGUCAUUGCCCGAACAAGAAGCUGAGAGAGGUCUUCAGUCUGCACCUCAGUUUCAGCCACCACACUCCAUCCAAGAUCCUGGCCAGGCUCCUCAACAGGUUCGUGUCCAACAUCAGCUGCAGCUCAAUCUUGUGUCCACUCUGCAACCGCCUCAGCCUCAGAACCAGCCCGACCCACCGGAUGAAACCAAACCGGUGUGGGUAAAACAUUGCAGACUGCUGCUGCUCCUCCUCUGUGGGAUCUCCAUUUGCGCCGUCAUUCUGAGCCUGGUUUACUACACCCACCAGCACCUCAAAACAGAGAGCACAGCCACGCCGUGUCUCUCUGCAGCCUGUCAGUGGGCAUCAGCCCGGAUCUCCCUGUCUGCUGAUCCCUUCGCACGCCCCUGUGAUUACUUCAUGUUCACAUGUAGAGCUGACACACCGGCCCCCGGGGAGAGACAAAGAGCCAAGAGCAGUCUGGGAGAUCAACAGAGAAGAGAGAAAGAUGAAGAGAGAGAAAUCAGCGGACUGAGGAGGGAGAAACUUCUCAGCAGGAAGACUGUGCUGCUGGAGUUCCUCAGGGGGAUACUGGAAUCAAGUGAGUGGACGACUAGUUCAGCGGUGCAGAAAACCAGAAGCUUCUAUCAUUCCUGUUUGGACACCAGAUCCAUAGACUCCGUUGGAACAGAACCAUUCCUCACACUCAUCCAGAAACUGGGAGGUUGGGCAGUGUCAGGUCAGUGGAAUCAGACUGAUUUUAACUCCACCCUGAGCCUGCUAAUGAGAGACUACAGCACAUUUCCAUUUUUUAACAUCUACGUGGGCAAAGACCCAAAUGAAAUUGCCCACAGCAUCGCCAGAAAUUACAUUCAUAUUGAUCAGCCUGAUCUGUUACUCCCCACUGAGUGGAACAGUGAAACUAAGAUAUCUCAAGCAAUAAAGCAGACGGUACGUCCUUUCUUCGCGUUGUGUCAGAAGUACAUGGUCCUGCUUGGGGCCCAAUCCAGCAACAGUAUCGACCACGCGAGCAUGUUCACCUCUCUGUCCUCUGAGCUUGCCGUGGCUGCCGCCCCUCUGGAACACCGCUCUGUAAACAGACUGCUCUUCCAGGGUAUGACCAUCAAAGAGCUCCAGAAGCAGGCUCCUGCCAUUGACUGGUUGGGAUGUCUACAGGCUGUUUUCCAUCCGCUGCACAUCAGCCAAGAGAAUCACAUCCUUCUGCAUAACAUCCACUACGUUGUGCAAAUGUCGCACGUCAUUGGCAAAUGGCUGAACAAGGAUGAGCUGAGCAGCAGAGGUCCACUUCAUACAUUUAUGAUCUUCAACCUCCUGCACACACUGAUGCCGGCACUUGACUCCAGGUUUUCUGAAAUAGCGAAGAAUUUAUCUUUGGUUGUGGGUACUGCUGGGGCAGCCCCUCGCUGGAAACUUUGCAUGUCGGAGACUGAGAGAGGAUUUGACUCAGUUUUGAUUCACCUUCUCAGUGAAAAGACGGCACGUCAAGAGGCGGAAGAGAUGAUUGAAAAUAUUUUUUCCUCCUUCGAGUCCAAAUUACUUGACCUUGAGUGGACAGAUGACACAUUUCUCCAGUUUAUUAUGACAAAGAUUCAGCAUCUAAUCCCAAGACUUUGGACAGCAACAGAGAUCCCAAGUAAACCUCAACUUGACCAGAUUUUUGCAAAGGUGACAGUCGACAAGGACAGAUUCUUCUCCAACUACAUCCAGCUACUGUCCCUGUGGCAAAAAAGACGCACUAAAAUGCUGGCUGAGGCAGAUGGGGUUGAUGUACUGUCUGUGACACCAGUGCUUGUGGAUAAUGAACUCAUCUUUCCAAUGGGAAUGUUUAUCCCUCCACUCUUCAAUCCGAACUAUCCCAGAGCUAUGAAUUAUGGAGUGUUGGGUUUCCUCAUUGCCAAAGAUAUCCUCCACCUUCUUCUGCCUGACAUUCGCACUCAGAGUAGGACGGUGCACACUGUGGGGGAAUGUGUCUGGUCUCACUACCUCAGCGUGACAGGAGACAGACAUACAGCAUCAUUGCUAUCAGCAGCGCAGCAGCAGGAGCUUUGGGUGCAGUAUUCUGCCCUGCAGAUAGCACUUGAGGCCUAUCAGAAGAGUCUAAAGAACCGUCCAGGAGACAUGUCUCUGUUAGGAUUGUCACACACCCGUCUGUUUCUCACAUCUUUUGCUCAGCUCUCCUGUGACGCUGACCCAUACUGGGAGUUCAUGCCUUUGGAACCGUCCUUCUUGACGACAGUGAUUUGUGCCAAACCUAACCUCUGCCCCACAAGGAUCAAGUGCACCACUAAGCCCCAUCACCGUUCACUGCCUACAUGCUGAAUUACACACGACUGAAUAGGAAAUAUAUGGGUACCAAGAGGGCACCAGCAGCAGGGCUCCAAAUGAAAAACUGCAUUUUUCCACAACCUCAAAAUUGCAUAGUGUAGUUAUGAACGUUUGUGCAUUUUAUUAUUCAUUUGUGGUGGAAAUCAGUGUAACAACAAAGGAUUAAAAUAAUUAUCCUGACUAACAUAAAAUGUCAGUUUAAAAUUUUCAAUCACAACUUACUAUAUAUUGCUCUGAUAUUACAAAAUUUCUACAUAUAUGGUUUAUUUACCACUGAUAGUAAUUAUACUGUAAAUUUUUGCUUAAGACUGAAUGUCAGCUUUUUUUCAAUGUUUAUUGUUUGUCUUUUUGGG